GUGCUAUAAAUUGAGAAUGAGAUAUGGAUUUGCCGAAGAGCCACCUCAUGAAGGACAUUCAUAUCUUGAGCUUGGCUUUUCUCUUAAUCUUCCUUGCUUAUGGAGCUGCUCAAAAUUUACAGAGCACUCUCAACACAGAGCAGGAUUUGGGUACCACUUCACUUGGGAUAUUGUAUCUGUCUUUCACCAUUUUUUCUGUGUUUGCUUCUUUGGUGGUGAGGAAUCUCGGCUCCAAAAACUCUUUGAUUAUUGGGACAACUGGUUACUUAUUGUACCUGGCUGCAAAUUUGAAGCCUAAUUGGUAUACACUUGUGCCGUCCUCUUUGUUUCUUGGAUUUUGUGCUUCUAUAAUAUGGGUUGGACAGGGAACAUAUCUCACUUCCACUGCACGCAGUCAUGCUAAAGAUAACGACUUGCUCGAAGGUGCAGUAAUUGGCGACUUCAAUGGGGAAUUCUGGGCUGUGUAUGCUCUCCACCAGUUUAUUGGGAGUCUUAUUUCAUUUGCUCUACUCAGUGGUGGGAAGGAGGGAAGUACCAAUGGCGGAACUUUGUUGUUUGUUGUAUUCCUUUGUGUUGUGGCAUUUGGCGCAAUACUAAUGUGUUUCUUGCGUAAAGGGAUCGAGAAUAGCAAAAGAGAAUAUGAGCAUUCAGGUUCUGGUGCUAGUGAACAUUCGUCCCUUAAGUCUCUAUGUAGGUCACUUACCAGUGCAUUAUCUGAUGUAAAGAUGUUGUUGAUCAUACCCCUUAUGGCAUAUUCAGGCCUACAAAAAGCAUUUGUAUGGGCUGAAUUUACCAAAUAUGUUGUAACUCCUGUAAUUGGUGUUUCUGGUGUGGGUAGUUCAAUGGCAGCAUACGGGGCUUUUGAUGGAAUUUGUUCUCUGGCUGCUGGUCGUCUCACCUCUGGUCUCAGGUCUAUUACAGCAAUAGUUUCUUUUGGAGCUUUUGUUCAGGCAGUUGUAUUAAUCUUGCUUUUGCUAGAUUUCAGCAUAACUAGCGGCUUACUGGGUACCCUAUAUGUACACUUUUUGGCUGCUUUAUUGGGCAUCGGUGAUGGAGUUCUUAUGACGCAGCUCAAUGCUUUGCUUGGACUGCUAUUUAAGCAUGACACGGAAGGGGCUUUUGCACAGCUAAAUAUAUGGCAGAGCGCUACAAUUGCUAUCAUGUUCUUUUUGUCCCCCCACGUCUCGUUUGAGGCAAUGGUUGUGAUUAUGCUGGCUUUCCUUUGCUUCUCAUUCUGCAGCUUUCUAUGGUUAGCUCUCAAGGUGGUGAAGACAUCAUUAUCCUCCACUAGUGAGUGAAUUUAAAUUUAGUGUUGCCGCAGCUGCAAGCAUGUUAUAUUUUCAACUUUUCAACCUAUAAAUAAGAGUGUUAAAAUGAGUGUUGUUAACACUCAUCGUUUUGUUA